CACCCUUUUCUCUCUCUCUCUCUCUCUACAGGAUUAUAUGUAGAAGAAGGAAGCAAUGAAACAGAGAACAUAAUAAAGAAACGAAAUCGAAAAGCCAACAUCACCAUCACCAUCACCUACUUGCAUGUGAACUAACUCCUUUUCCUUUAAAGCACAUUCAUUUCCAAACUCCAAACCAAAUAUCUCUUGAGAGUUGAGAAUAGAUAGAUAGAUGGCUGGAAACGAGUGGAUAAACGGUUAUCUGGAGGCGAUACUGGAGAGCGGCGCCAAGCCUUCCCUGGGCGAAAAAGACACUUUCAAUCCCACCAAAUACUUCGUGGAGGAGGUGGUCACCGGCGUCGACGAGACCGACCUCCACCGCACAUGGAUCAAGGUCGUCGCCACCAGGAACACCAGAGACCGCAGCUCUCGCCUCGAGAACAUGUGCUGGCGCAUUUGGCAUCUCGCCCGCAAGAACAAACAGUUGGAAUGGGAAGAUGUGCAGCGGGUAGCGCACAGGAAGUUGGAAAGAGAGCAAGGUCGCAAGGAUGUAACGGAUGAUAUGUCCGAAGAUCUUUCUGAAGGUGAGAAAGGAGACAUUAUAGAGCCAGUUAAACCGGGCAGUCCCAGGAAACGCUUGGAUCGGAACUUCUCAAACGUGGAAGUAUGGUCCGAAAGUAACAAGGAAAAGAAGCUUUAUAUUGUUCUCAUAAGUCUACAUGGACUUAUCCGUGGUGACAAUAUGGAACUUGGUCGGGAUUCUGAUACCGGUGGUCAGAUAAAAUAUGUUGUGGAACUUGCUCGAGCACUUGCUAAGAUGCCCGGUGUGUAUAGAGUAGAUCUCUUCACCAGGCAAGUAUUGUCUUCAGAGGUAGAUUGGAGUUACAGCGAGCCAACAGAAAUGCUAAGUACCGGCCCUGAGGAUGCCAACCUUGGAGAGAGCAGCGGUGCUUAUAUCGUUCGGAUACCAUUCGGGACCAGGGACAAGUAUCUGAGAAAGGAGUUGCUGUGGCCUCAUGUCCCGGAGUUUGUUGAUGGAGCACUUGCUCACAUUCUCAAUAUGUCUAAGGCUUUGGGAGACCAAAUUGGUGGAGGGCAGCCGGUCUGGCCGUAUGUGAUCCACGGUCAUUAUGCGGAUGCAGGGGAUAGUGCUGCUCUCCUUUCGGGUGCCUUAAAUGUUCCGAUGGUUUUGACAGGGCACUCACUUGGUAGAAACAAGCUAGAACAGCUGCUUAAGCAAGGAAGGCAAUCAAAAGAGGAUAUUAAUUCAACGUACAGGAUUAUGAGGAGGAUCGAAGCAGAAGAGCUUUCUUUAGAUGCUGCAGAGCUGGUUAUCACGAGUACUAAGCAGGAGAUUGAGGAACAAUGGGGGCUGUAUGAUGGUUUUGAUGUAAGACUUGAGAAAGUUUUGAGGGCUCGAAUGAGGCGUGGGGUUAACUGUCACGGCCGUUUCAUGCCUCGAAUGGCGGUUAUUCCUCCCGGGAUGGACUUCAGUAAUGUUGUGGUUCAAGAAGAUAUUGCUGAAGGUGAUGGUGACAUUGCGGCACUAACAAAUGAAGCUUCAUCGCCAAAAGCAGUACCUCCUAUAUGGACAGAAGUGAUGCGAUUCUUGACGAAUCCACACAAGCCGAUGAUUCUAGCACUAUCACGUCCUGAUCCAAAAAAGAACAUAACGACUCUUGUGAAAGCCUUUGGAGAAUGUAAACCAUUACGAGAGCUUGCUAAUCUUACUCUUAUAAUGGGAAACAGGGACGAUAUAGAUGAAAUGUCCGGAGGAAAUUCUAGCGUGCUCAUUACUGUAUUGAAGCUAAUAGAUAAGUAUGACCUUUAUGGGCAAGUGGCUUUCCCUAAGCAUCACAAGCAAAGCGAUGUUCCUGAAAUAUACCGCCUAGCUGGCAAAACAAAGGGAGUCUUCAUAAAUCCGGCUUUUAUUGAGCCAUUCGGACUCACACUAAUCGAGGCUGCUGCUCAUGGACUUCCGAUGGUGGCAACAAAAAAUGGUGGACCGGUGGAUAUCCAUCAGGCACUACACAACGGACUGCUCGUAGAUCCUCAUGAUCAGAACUCAAUUGCUGAUGCACUUCUUAAGUUAGUGGCCGAGAAGAACUUGUGGCAUGAAUGCAGAAAGAACGGCUUAAAGAACAUUCAUCUUUUCUCGUGGCCAGAACAUUGCCGAACGUACUUAACAAGGGUGGCAGCGUGUCGGAUGAGGCACCCGCAGUGGCAGACUGACACUCCAGCAGAUGAACAUGCUGCCGAGUACUCCUUAAACGACUCACUCAAAGACGUUAUGGAUAUGUCGUUGAGAUUGUCUAUUGACGGUGACAAAACAUCGUUGGACGAGUCACUUGAUAUGUCUGCUUCUGGCGACAACCAAGUGCAAGACCAAGUCAAGAAGCUCUUGAGCAAAAUGAACAAACCAGAGGCAGGGGCACAAGAUUCUGAUGCUGACAAGAAAUUAACUGAUGUGCCAAGCAAGUACCCCAUGCUGAGGAAACGGCGUAGACUGAUAGUUUUAGCAGUCGACUGCUAUGAUAGCAAUGGGGCGCCUGAAAAGAAAAUGAUUAAUCUGAUCAAGGAGAUCGCAAAGGCAUUCAAAUUGGAUGCACAAUUUGCAAGACAAUCGGGGUUUGCAUUGUCGACAGCUAUGCCAAUGUCAGAGCUAGCCGAGUUUUUGAAGUCGGGAAAUAUCAAACUAACUGAUUUUGAUGCUUUGAUAUGUAGUAGUGGUAGUGAAGUGUAUUAUCCAGGCACUUACACAGAGGAGGGAGGAAAGCCAUGUCCUGAUCCUGACUAUGCGACACAUAUUGAAUAUCGAUGGGGUUCAGAUGGUUUGAAGAAGACCAUUUGGAAGCUAAUGAACUCAACAGAAGGAUUUAAAUCUAGUCAUCCUUCUGGUGUUGUUGAACAUGAUUUGAAAUCGAGCAAUUCACAUUGCCUGUCGUACGUUAUAAAAGAUCUCAGUAAGGCCAGAAAAGUCGACGAUUUGAGGCAAAAGCUUCGGAUGAGGGGUCUGCGUUGCCACUUGAUGUAUUGCAGAAAUUCCACAAGAAUGCAAGUCGUUCCUCUGCUUGCAUCGCGAUCACAGGCUCUCAGGUAUCUGUUUGUGCGUUGGCGACUAAAUGUGGCGAACAUGUGUGUGGUUCUUGGAGAAACUGGGGACACGGAUCAUGAGGAAAUGAUAUCGGGAACACACAAGACUCUGAUCAUGAAAGACGUCGUGGGAAAAGGAUCGGAGGAGCUGCUGAGAACGCCGGGAAGCUACCUAAGAGACGAUAUAGUCCCCGAAGACAACCCGCUGAUCGCGUAUAUAAAAGGAGGGGCUGCAGCACGGGAGAUAUUUGAUACAUUAAGGCAGCUCUUCAAAACAGCAGUGUGAAAAACACUUGCAUCUCUGUAUUUUGCUUGCAAGCUUAUUUGUAUUUUACUAGAUUUAAUUACUUAGGUUAAGACACUGCCAUGCCCAUGAACAGGCUGUAUUAUUAUUAACUUCAAAAAUUAUAUAAAUAAUCUUAACCAA